GAAGUCAGACAGCAGCAGCAUCUGUCAGUGUCUGCUGAUGAAGGUACCACGUCUCUUUGACCUCAUCUGAACGGGACUUUAACAGCGGAGCAGCCUGACAGAUAUGGCUGCUGCAAACUAUCUGCAAUCUAAAGAUCAGUUUCUGUGCUCCAUCUGUCUGGAUGUGUUCACUGAUCCUGUCAGCACACCAUGUGGUCACAACUUCUGCAAGAACUGCAUCACUGAACACUGGAAUACUAGUAACAGGUGCCUGUGUCCCCUGUGUAAGGAGAGUUUUACCACAAGACCUGAUUUGAGGGUCAACACUUUCAUCUCUGAGAUGGUUGCUCAGUUCAGACAGUCGGCUCAACAGAAAGCCAGCAGCAGCAGCUCAGAGCAACAAGUGUCCAAACCAGGAGAAGUUCCCUGUGACGUCUGCACUGGAACCAAACUGAAGGCCCUGAAGUCCUGCCUGGUGUGUCUGGUCUCCUACUGUGAGACUCACCUGGGGACUCAUCAGACCAUGUCAGGCCUUAAAAGACAUCAGCUGAUCGACCCUGUGGAGAAUCUGGAAGGCAGGAUGUGUACGAAGCACGAUAAACCUCUGGAGCUGUUCUGUAAGACCGACCAGACAUGUGUCUGCAUGCUCUGCACUGUUUUAGACCACAAGAAGCAUGAUGUUGUUCCUCUGAAAGAAGAAUAUGAAAGAAAGAAGGCAGAGCUGGGGAAGACAGAGGCUGAAAUUCAGCAGAUGAUCCAGAAGAGACGACUGAAGAUUCAGGAGGUCAAACACUCAGUCGACCUCAGUGAGGAAGAUGCAGACAGAGAGAUAGCAGAAGGUGUUCAGGUCUUCACUUCUCUGAAGGAGUCUGUUGAGAGAGGCCUGAAUGAGCUCAUCAACACCAUCAAAGAGAAGCAGAAAACAACAGAAAAACAGGCCGAAGCUUUCAUCAAAGAGCUGGAACAGGAAAUCUCUGAGCUGAUGAAGAGAAGCACUGAGGUGGAGCAGGUGUUACGCUCUGAAGACCACCUCCAUCUUCUCCAGAGUGUCCAGUCCAACAUUUUGACUUUAUUUUCAAAAAGCUAAAACCAAACUGGAAAU